AUGUUACGGCAUGCGGUCUCUGCUCCAAGAUCCAUUGCUGUGGCCGUGCUAGAUGUUGCUAAGGCCUUUGAUUCCGUGAACCAUGACACGCUCUUGCGAGCCGCCACCGUACACGGAGCGCCACCUCUACUUCUUGAUCUCCUAUCUUCCUCCUACGCCCGAAAUACUACCCAGAUCUUUGACAUUGAGGUCCGAUGCCCGCGUGGUGUCCGCCAAGAUGACCCCCUCUCCCCCCUUCUCUUCUCUUUUGCUCUAUCGGAAGCUAUCUCCUAUUCUGAUCGGCAGCUUGGCUUCGAGCUGGAUGGAGUGACCGUGGACUGCAUUGCAUAUGCAGAUGAGCUCGUGCUUUUUGCCGAAUCGCCCCAUCGACUCCAACAGAGGCUGGAUGGUCUGGCCAAUGGCCUCUCCCUUGCCGGUAUGGUCCUUAACUCUGCCAAGUGCGUUUCCUUCUACUUACAAGCGCUUGGCAAACAGAAGAGUACAUGCCUCCAACCGUGCGAUGUCUCAAUCGGGGGGAUGGUAUUGCGCUCGUUAGGGCCGACGGACACCUUCGAUUAUUUGGGGGUGCCCUUUUCCUACCGCGGGCAGGUGACAGUAGGCCAUCGUCCGGUUCCUCACAACAUGUUGGAGGAGAUAACCCGAGCACCUCUGAAACCACAGCAGCGACUCACGCUUCUUAAGCGUCAUUGCCUGCCAGAACUUUUGCACCAGUUGGUACUUGGAGCAGUACAUCGCAGCACACUAAGACGACUGGAUGUACAAGUACGUCAGGCGGUACGGAAGUGGUUAAAGCUCCCGGCGGACACGUCAAUCUCCUUCUUACAUGCUGCUAUUCGAGACGGGGGCCUUGGUGUUCCAUGCUUGGCAGUUCUCGUACCUUUUGCUAAGCGCCGACGACUGGACUCAGUGCUCUCCUCAAAAGAGCCUGCAGUACGAGCAGCUGCCGCUGUCCCUUCUGCCUUUCCUGGUAUGCGGCUAGCAGCUCAGCCGGUGCGUCUAGGCCAAUCGGUCCUGCCAAGUAAAGAGGACGUAAGGAACUACUGGAGGAGUUCUUUGUAUGCUUCCGCGGAUGGUCGACCGCUCGCUCACUUUGCUGAAUCUGCCGGUGCCAAUCAUUGGCUCUCUUCUCCGGACCGAGUCUUCCCAUGGCUCUUCUUGCGUGGCAUCCACCUUCGGGCGGGUGUUCUCUCUACUAAGGCCCGCAAAUCCCGGAGAACCGGCUCUGAGGAUGUAUUGUGUCGAGGCCAGUGUGGCCAACGUGAGACCUUAUUCCACAUACUCCAGUGCUGUGAAGUGACGCAUCAUGCCAGAGUGUGGCGACAUAAUUUGGUCAUGACGUUACUAGCAGAACUGUUGAUGAGGAAUGGACGAAACCUCCUAAUUGAGCCCCAUGUCCCCGAGGGCAGUUCAUUCUGCAAACCGGACAUCGUCAUCAGCACCGAGAAUUCAAUAACGGUGAUUGAUGUGGCCGUAGCGAGAGAAGACAUAAUGGACCGCGUCUACGCUGAUAAAGAGCGACGCUACUCAACGGAGGAAGUCCAGGUGAACCUUCGGAGGAUCCUGUCGAAACCAGCCAAUACUCCCGUGUAUCAUAUACCUGCAGUCUUCUCAGCGCGCGGAACCAUUUCUUCCCGUAGCGAAAGUCUUCUAGGAUCCCUUGGAUUAUCUACGUCCGACCUGUCUGACUUAUGUUUGGCAGUGAUUCGAGGAUCCUUGAAGGCUUACGAUGUCUAUGCUCGUGGAGCUGGCGGUGUUGGGGCUAACCGACGCGAAGAAACCCGGGAACCAUAUGAAGCUGGUGUCGGUGACGAACACUAG